AUGUGUGGAUCGAAUGACGCCGUGUGUCUGCAUGGAGACUGCAUCGUGGAGACCACAGAAGGAGCCGCAUACGAGCGUUGCCAGUGCGAUUCUAUGUACUCUGGGACGCAGUGCAGCUUCCGAGCGGAAAUGGUGUAUUUGGAAGUGCCUUUGGCGUGCACGUUAAUGUUCAUCCUUCUGGGUAUUGGCGUCCUCGUGACUGGAAGGACGCUCGAGAGGCUGCGCUUCGAACAAGCUAAAAGGGACCCUUUUACGUUUCCAAGGGGCUGGAAGGACUCGCCAAGGUUAUUCUUUGGGGGUCAACUACUGCGUGGAAAGUGGACAGGGCCAACGCGAAAAGGAUUGCCUGCCAAACCCGCUAGAGGUCACGUUUUAGAGAAUAUCUUCAUCUUCUUCGUAAUUUUGAUGGAAUUUUUGCCGUGGGUGCAACUGGUAGCACUGAUGUUCUUACCCGUGGUUCCGUGGCCGAAAGAUAGUCGACGAAUGGCAGAAGUAUUGCAACUUUCGGUGCUGUAUCCGCUGUGGGGUCAUCUUGAUCCAAGCCAAUUCCCAACGUACAUGCUGUACCUGUCAUUAGUAUUCGUUCCUGGAGUUUUGCUGAUUGCUUGUAUGCUCGGUAUAAAGAGAUUUCCGCUGUUCAAGCCGCAGCCUAAGAACUCACCUGCCGAAGAUCUGUGCACGCUUGCGCUUCGUUUGUAUAGUGAAUGGGCUACUUUGCCCGUUAUGAUAGGGCUGCUGUUGCCCUUGGAGUGCGGAGUUAUCGGAUAUAGCAAGGUCGACGGAUCGAUAACAACGCUUCCUACGCUGAAUGGCUCUUCUGUUAUCUUGCUACAAUUGAACUGCGAAUCUUCACCUCCCGAACCAACAUUAUGGACACACGUUCGCUACACACGAGUGGUACAAGUUCUUAAAGCACCACUUGCAAUGGUAACUUGCCGAUGA